GGGCUGGGUUGAGAGACUACAAAACACCUGAGGGGAAAUGAGAGAGUACAGUUGGUUUUCGGAAGCAGGGCAGGACGAGUGAACCAUCAUUCCCUCGUGAAGAGCUCUGAGACGAGCCCUGGAUUCAUCAUUUCACAGGUGUGUCGAAAGAAGUCGAGAUCUGAAGGAGCCAGAGGCGUUUUAACGAUCUCCUGCAGCGUUUGAACCGUUUAGAGCAGUGCGGGGCAGACGCUGAAAGAGAAGAUAAGAGGCAGGCCGCCAGCGCUGAUCAGGACUCUCAGAGGCGGCAGGAGUUUUUUAAGGAAUAUGUGAGAGAACCUGUCUGGGUAUGUCAGUUUUCACUCUGAAGUGUUGAAGACAUGUUGGGUGCUAUUUAAGAGAAGUUUCCACCGUUGCUUCAGAGCAGGUGUUGGGCAGCUGGGAGGCAGAGCUGUUUGUUCAUGCGAGUCCUUGGAAGGUGCUUUUGUGUAGUCAAACGUGAAGCUGACGUCAGUGAAAAUGCUGGAGACGGUGAAAGACAGAGUACUGGAGGUCUAUGAGAGUCUCUUAGCAGGAAGAGACCCACGGUUGAAGGGCUACCUCCUAAUGGAGAGUCCAGUCAACAUGACUGCUGUUCUGCUUGCUUAUCUUUUCUUCGUACUGUACGCUGGCCCUAGAUUUAUGGCCAACCGCAAACCCUUCCAGUUGAAAGAAGCUAUGAUCAUCUACAACUUGUCCUUGGUUGGCCUGUCUGCAUAUAUCGUAUAUGAGUUCUUGAUGUCGGGUUGGGCGACGGGAUACACGUGGAGAUGUGACCCAUGUGAUUAUUCAAACAGCCCUCAAGGACUCAGAAUGGCAAGAGUUGCCUGGUUAUUCCUGUUUUCAAAGUUCAUUGAGCUUAUGGAUACGGUGUUUUUUGUUCUGCGUAAGAAACACAGUCAGAUCACCUUCCUGCACAUCUUCCACCAUUCCUUCAUGCCCUGGACGUGGUGGUGGGGUGUGAGCUACACACCAGGUGGAAUGGGCUCCUUCCAUGCCAUGAUCAACUCUUGUGUCCAUGUGAUCAUGUACUUCUACUACGGCCUUUCUGCUGCAGGACCUCGCUUCCAGAAGUUCCUCUGGUGGAAGAAAUACAUGACUGCAAUUCAGCUGACUCAGUUUGUGUUAGUGUCUCUUCACGCAACCCAGUGGUACUUCAUGGAGAGCUGCGAUUACCAGGUGCCUUUGUUCAUCCACCUCAUCUGGAUGUAUGGGACCUUCUUCUUUGUGCUGUUCUCUAACUUCUGGUACCAGGCGUACGUGAAAGGCAAGAGGCUACCGAAGAACACCCAAAAGCACGCCCAAAACGGCACGGCCAACGGAUCCACCACAGUCGCCAAUGGCUCAUCGGUGGUUUCAAAUGGCCAUGGCCUGCACGAAAACAGCCUGAGCAAUGGGAAGAAACACCACGAGAAUGGAAGCACUCUCAACGGCAAGAUGAAGAAAGCCUGAGAACUCAGGAAGAGAAGACCCAAAACGGAUGACCAGGAGAACCUGCACCAAGCACUGUGGAGUCCAAAGAGUGUUUUGGGACUUUAUUUCAAAUCUUGUUUUUGUUUUUUUAAUAUGUACAUUAAAUAAGUACAUGGGGAUAUGAAUCCAUCUGAUCCCGUUUGUAUAUUUUAUUAUUUUUUUUUGUCAAAUUAAUCUAAAGAAUAAUUUUUGAGCACAAUGUAUGAAGAGGAAGAGAACUGACUGGAUCCAUCCUCCGCUGAUGUUGCUCAUGACGUUCAUCUCAACAAAAUGAAUUCACAGAUGGGCACAGACACACACACCCAUCCAUGUGUGUGUGUGUGUGUGUUCAUACUCCUCCUCCUCUCCCCCCCCCACAUAGCAGACACUGUACAGCCAACAUUAGUAAACUUGAAUUACACCUGUAAAUACUUUUACCAUAUAAACUAACAGGAUUGAAACAGUAAAAAAUAGUUACUCUUGAAUUAAAUACAAAAAAUAAAUUCCAUUUUAAAAUA